UGUUGCCUAUCAUAAAACUGUGUCUGAAAUUCACUUCUAGCAGUAAUUUCUGGGCAGAAGCAGAAUACCCCACCACGUGAAAAGCAUAAAUAAAGAGAUCCCAGAGAGUGCUUGAAGCAGAGUGGAGUGGUGGACGAUGUAAAAGAGGAAACUUGGAAAAGUGGCGAAAACUCAAAAAGAUAACUCUCAACCAAAGGAUCACAUUGCAUUUAGAAGAAGCUAGUGCCUUUUGUCAGCCUUGUAUUAAACAAACAAUUUUCUUCUUAAUUCAAAUAAUAUAUUAAAGUGCAUCAUUACAUAAUAAUACACACAUAAACGUUAAGUAUAGUUGCCUCAAAAUAAGAGAAAAAUUAAAGGUGACAAAGCCAAAACUUUCAUCAACCUCUCUCUCUCUCUCUCUCUCUCUCUCCUCUUGCACAGUAAAAUCUCUUUCUUUUCCUUUCAACUUUCAAACCUUUCCUCUUUCUCUCUCUCUCUCUGGUGCUGUGAUGUGCUCGCGUUUCUUGUAUUCCCGCACCAAAUGCAGAACCCCCACCAUCUUUGCGUCACUCUUCUUCUCCCUCUUCCUCACCUCUUCCGCCGCAUGCUUCAACGUGAAUUGCCAGGUUCUGGAAGCAUGUACAGCUGCCACCGAUUGUGGGCCGGGUCUCUAUUGCGGCAAUUGCCCUGCUUUAGGCCGGACUCGCCCCGUUUGCACCAGAGGCCAAGCCACCAUCGUUACAUCUCUCGUGAAUGGUUUGCCCUUCAACAAGUACACGUGGAUCAUGACCCAUAAUUCAUUCAGCAUCGUGGAUGCACCACCUUUGGCUGGUGUUCAGAGACUCACCUUUUACAAUCAAGAAGACACUGUUACUAACCAGUUGAGGAAUGGAGUGAGAGGAUUGAUGUUGGAUAUGUACGACUUUGAGAACGAUAUCUGGCUCUGUCAUUCAUUCCAAGAGCAGUGCUUCAACUUCACUGCCUUUCAACCUGCAAUAAAUACUUUGAGAGAAGUGGAAGCAUUCUUAACUGCAAAUCCGACCGAGAUUAUCACCAUUGUAAUUGAGGAUUAUGUGCGUACUCCGAAGGGGUUGACUAAUCUGUUCUCAAAUGCUGGACUAGAUAAAUAUUGGUUCCCGGUGUCUGAUAUGCCCAAGAAGGGUGAAGAUUGGCCCACUGUAACGGAGAUGGUUCAAGCAAAUCGUCGUCUACUUGUUUUCACUUCGGAUGCUUCUAAGGAAGCUGAAGAAGGAAUCGCUUAUCAGUGGACUUACAUGAUUGAAAAUGAGUCCGGAGAUCCUGGAGUUGAAGGGGGUUCUUGUCCACACAGAAAAGAAUCGAAGCCGCUGACUUCUAGAAGUGCAUCACUGUUCUUACAGAACUACUUUCCAACAUAUCCGGUUGAAGCUGACUCAUGCAAAGAGCAUUCAGCUCCACUUGCUGAUAUGGUCAACACAUGUUACAAAGCUGCAGGAAAUGUGUUGCCUAAUUUUAUAGCAGUUAAUUUUUACAUGAGGAGUGACGGUGGGGGCGUUUUCGAUAUCGUGGAUAAAAUGAACGGCCACUCGCUGUGCGGCUGCAAUACAGUCUCUGCUUGCCAGAUUGAAACAAGCUUCUCCAUACAUGCAUACAUUUUCCCCAAAGAUGUCGGACCCUCAUGUAAAAGAGGGAGCACCUUUUGGAUCUUGCAAGAAUAUCAGUACUGUACCUUAUACAAGUCCAGUGACCAACACAGCUGGAAGCUUUACAGGAUCUGUUCAGUUCUCUAGAUCGGCUUCACCUGCUCUUUCUCCAAAUUGCUGCCUUUUCGUCUUGUUUUAUUUCCUCCUUAUUUCUGUUUUAUUGAGAUUGUGAUUAUUAUUACACAAGCCAAGUCUAACAAGAGAAUGAGCUAGUCUUUGAAGAGGGGCUUCUUGUGAUUUAGUGUGAAAUGCCAUGGAACUGCUCAUAGGUUAGAAAUGAGAUAAAACAAAAUUUUGGAAUUGCUGAGGCCAUAAUCAGGGAUCUGUGAGGUCAUCUGAGGUAGAUGGUAACCCACCAAGAAAGACUAAGAUGAAUUCAGAGCAGUUCAGGAUUUGUACCAAGGUAUCAUUAGUCAAGACAGAAUACGAAAUUUGCAACAUAGGAUCAGGAUGUCAAGAAGCUCUUGGUCUUUGUUACGGUUUCUUCCGAUUGUAUUCUUCACAAUACUUACCACUUGUCCUUUUUUCAUUCACUUUUGUAUUCAUGUUUGAACACUAUAUAUAGUGCUAUUCUCCUACAUUUUUACCA